AUGUCCCAAGAGAUUGAAUGGGUCUCCGGUUCAACCAUUAUACCUGUUGAACAAGAUUAUCCCGAGAUUCCUGAGGAGGAAGCAGAGCUCUCGCGAUCGUACGAAAUGCUUUCGCAUCUCGAAUUUCCGACUAUACAAUAG